CUAUAACUAUACUGUGGGUGCCAGGACGGUCGUGAUCCACACUUAACCCCAACCCUUCCGACGAUUCGGGAAAACUCGCGCCUACACCUGGGUAUUACUUUUUGGACAGAAGGUGUACGUGAUUAAAGCCUUAAUAUUAUGUGCAUUUAGUCGACAUGAAUUUGGUUGUUUAGCGUGAAACGGGAUACGGACAUGACACAGGCGAAGGUAGCGUGCCUAGUCGUCGUCCUUGUUUGCACAGGAGGCCUUCGUUGCAUCGCCAAACCUUUUGGCGAGAACCAACAGGACUUCCACCGGCACGAACAGCAGCAACAGCCGCAGGAGCAGGCCGCAACAGCUCCCGGGCUAGAGCAGGUUGGGGACCCGAGAGCAGGGCGCUAUGGCUCGGAAAGGUUAGAGCAACAGCAUGAGCAGCAGCAGGAGCAACUCCUCCAUCUGGGUCAGCAGCAGCAGGAGGCGGGCGCCUCCUACCCCGCGGGUGGCAGCGCGCAUCCGGGCUAUACCGAGGUAGCGUACGGCACAGGUUACCGAGCAGCCGUACAUGAGGCCUUCACCGCAUCAGGGGGUGCACCUGCUGCGGAACACCAGGAUUCUGAUCUGGGUCAGCAGUUGUCAUCGCCACCACCGCAGCAGGAGCGGCCAGGGCAGUCCUUACACGCAUCAAGCAACGACGGACCUGGGUCGGCGCCGGCAGGCUCCACUGCCACCGACCCAGGGGUCACGACCCAAGACCAGCAGCAGCCAGUCCUUGUAGAGCAACAGCAUCACACGCAGCAGCAAGAGCAGCAGGAUGAGGCACAGCAGCAUGGAGAGCAGCAGCAGCAGCGGCACAGCUGGACGGAGCGGCUGGCUGCCAUGCUCGAGCAGGUGAAGGAGGGCAUCAUGCAAGCUAGUGCGGCAACCAACGACAACAGCAACAACAAUCCGCAGGGAGCCACGGGAACCCCCGACGCAGUUGGGACGCAGGGUGAUGCAGGGGCUGGGUCGGCGUCAGGAGCACCUGCAGAAGCUGCAGCGGCAACCCAGCAGGGAGCAGCGGACGCACAGGCGGGGGGCUCAGGCGCAGCUGCAGCAGCAGCGGCAACCCCGGAAGCUGUGGGUGGGGCGGGUGAGACGUCCUCUCAGCAAGAGCCGCAACAGCAGCAGCAGGCAGCAGCUGCUGCUACAGCUGGGACGGAGCUGGCGCCGCUGCCGGUGUCGCCGCUGGGCAAGCUGACCGUGGAGGACGUGAAGAAGAGGCUGAAGGCCGCCCAGUCCCAGCUGCUCGGAUCCCGCCGCUCCCCCCGCCCCCUGGCAGCCGGGCUGGCGGCGCUGCGGGAGCUGCAUGCGCUGGUGGAGGCGGCGCUGCCGGGGGGGAGGAGCGCCGUGACCCGUGAGCUCUUACAACCGCUCCAACAACCGGCAGCAGCGGCAGAGGCGGCAGCAGGAGGGGCAGCGAGUCAGGCGGUUGCAGAGGCGGCAGCAGCGCCAGUUGCCAUACCCACGCAGCGGCCGCUAUCCGUUGAAGUCGCCCUCAACCGAGAAAACGGCCUCUCCGCCGCCGCCUCCGCCACCUUCCUCCUGGCCGCGCUGCAGUCCUCGGGCGUGCUGCCUCCCUCGCUGUUGCACCCCCCCACCUCCACCCCUGCUGCUGCUGGCAACACCGACCCUGGCAACCCUCCGCCGGCCUCCCCUCUGCAGCUGCUGCACCAGGCGGCGCGGGGGGGCUCCCUGGAGGCGCUCAUGGCCCUGGCGGAGACGCAUGCGCAGGGGUUGGAGGUGGUGGGAGCAGGGGUAGGAGGAGGGUUAGGAGGAGGAGUGGUGCGGCUGCCUCCCAGCUGCCCCCGUGCGCUGCAGUUCGCCAAGCUGGCAGCGCAGCACCUGAAUGCGGAGGUGGACAAGGAGCAGAGGUUCGCCGCCCCGCUGGCUCCCGUGUCCCUGCGCGACCGCCACGCGUUCGGCGGCUACGUGGCUGCGGAGGAGGCGGAGAACGGGGCGGAUGUGGUCAGCAUGGAGGAGGACAUGGCGCUGCGCGGCAACCCCGAGGCGCAGCGCCGCAUGGCCUACCGCCGGCUGGUGGGGCGGGGGCUGGAGGCCGACCCCGAGGGCGCAUUCCACGACUUCCAGGCCGCGGCAGCGCAGGGGGACCCCUACGCGGCAUUCAAUGUGGGCUACAUGCACCUGCGGGGCCUGCAUGUGCCCCAGAACCACAGUGAGGCGCGGCGCUGGUUCGAGAAGGCGGCGGAGAAGCAGCUGCCCGCGGCCUACAACGGACUGGGGGUACUGGCCUGGAACGGACAGGGCAUGGAGCCCAACGUGACGCUGGCUCGCGAGCACUUUGAGCGCGGCGCCGCCCUCAACAACUCCGACUCGCUAUACAACCUGGCCACGAUGCACUACCACGGGGUGGGAACACCGCAGAACCAGACGCUGGCCGUGGAGCUCUUCCAACGCGCCCACGAGCAGGGCCACUGGCGCGCGCCCUACAUGCUGGCCCUGGCGCACGAGACGGGCGCGGGGCUGCCGGGGGGGCCCGACUGCGGCACCGCGCUGCGCCACCUGCGCGGCUUCUUCGCGGAUCGGACCACAUGGGGGCAGCAGCUGACGGCGGCGGUGAAGAGGCUGGAUGAAGGUGACCCCUGGGGCGCGCUGCUGUCCUACCUGGUGCUGGCGGAGCAGGGCAGUGCGGUGGGGGCGGCCAACGCGGGGUGGCUCCUGCGGAGGCGGGCGGGCUAUGCGGGGCGGGAUGCGGAGGUGCUGGCGGCCAAGUACUUCCAGAGGGCUGCCAAGCAGAACCACACCGCCAGCAUGAUAGAGCUGGCACACCUCAUACUGCAAAACGCACCAGUGCAGCAGCAGCAACAACAAGGGCUAUUGCAGCAGCCGCAGCAACAGCAGCAGCAGGUAGUGUCGCAGCAGCCGGAGGCUGCAGCAGCUGAUGGGAAGCCCGCUGAUGCUGCUCCUGCUACUCCAACUGCCUCUACUGGUACAACCACUACCGCUGACGGGGACACCACUGAUGCUGCGAAUGCGGCUGCUGUAUCUGAAGCCGCGACAGUCGCUACCUCCGCCUCUGAAGCCGCUGCCGCUUCCGCUGCCGAAACAACAGGGGAAGCAGAUGCAGCAGCUGCUGGCGACGCCGCGUCAGCCCAAGAGACGCAGCCAGCGCCUACCAACUCCUCCUCCUCCACCACCCCCGCCAAGCCCUCCUCCUCCUCCCGCCGGCGGGAGCCCCCUCCCCCGCUGGUGCCCCCCGCUCCACUUCCCUCGGGUCGGGUGGUGCUGGGGGUGUCGGGCGCUGCGGAGGCGGCUGCCUGGUACCGCGCUGCGGCUGCUGCGGACGACCCCGAGGGGCUGUUCUACCUGGGUUGGGUGACGUACCGCGGGGUGGGGGUGCCGGAGAAUGCGACACUGGCGCGAUUGCUGUGGCUGCGCUCCUUCGACCUAGCCGGCAUCCGCUCCCCCCGCGCCCUCGCGCCGCUGCUGGCGCUGGCUGGCAUGCGGCUGGAUGCCUGGCUGACCCCCCUGGCUGGGCGGCAUGCACUCGCGCGCGCGCAUGGCCGCCUGCUGGGAGUGCAUGAGGCGG